GAACCAAAAAAAAAAAAUAAAUCAGAAUUUCAAAUUCAUUCUUCUCUUCACUUUUUCUCCAACCUAAAUUUAGAAAUUGCGGUUUAAUAGUACCAAGUUGUCUAAUGGUACUGCGAAAUGAUAGAGGUACUAUUACUAAUAGUAAUUAAACAACCACCAAUAUUAAUUGUUAACCAUUAAUAUUGUAAUAAAGUUGGUGUAAUGAACCAUAUGAUAUAAUCAAACACGACCAAAUUAGCAAGACAAGCCACUUUGGUAUAUAUUCUUCAUGUCCUACUCCUGCUAUUCAUUAAUAAAACCCAUUUACUCCACAAGAUCAAACUUCUCCAUUUUUUCGAUUUCAUGAAAACAGGAAAACCAAAUUAUCUUGGGAAUCACGUGACCCUCUUUCCAUAUAUAGACAUGUAUCUCGUGACAAAGGAGAAGGGUAAUUGGGUAAUUUACUGUUACUCCUCCAUUGUCUCUCUACUUUUCGUCCAUCCAACAUGCAAAUUCAGGUUUUUGGACAUAGGCUCACAUUUGUUUGCAGUGAGCUUUAGGUUGUCCAUUGACAUAUACACUGGUGAAAAGAAUGGGAGAAGGUGGUAUGAUUUAUGUGAAGUCCGAAUCAGAAGGCAAUAGACCUUUAAUUCAACAUGAAGAAUCUCACAUGCCUUAUCUGGUCCGUCCAGGGUUGGAUGCCCAACCUCUAGUUGAUAAUACCAGUUUCUCUGCACCACCUUUAUGUCCAGCACCCCUCUGCCGACAAUUCUGGAAAGCUGGAAACUAUGACGACGAGUUUGUUUCCAAGUCUCGGGACCAAAAUAGAAAUAACUAUUUGCAUGUUCAUCCCAAGUUCCUUCAUUCAAAUGCCACUUCUCAUAAGUGGGCUUUUGGAGCUAUUGCCGAACUUCUCGACAAUGCAAUUGAUGAGAUACAAAAUGGAGCUUCUCAGGUCAUUAUUGAUAAAAUUUCAAAUCCAAGAGAUGGGAGUCCAUCUUUGUUCUUUCAAGAUAAUGGAGGUGGAAUGAGUCCAGAGGCAAUUCGGCGCUGUAUGAGUUUUGGAUUUUCAGACAAGAAAUCUAAAUCUGCAAUUGGAAGAUAUGGAAAUGGAUUCAAGACUAGCACAAUGAGACUUGGAGCUGAUGUAAUUGUCUUCAGUCGCCAUGUAAACAACAGGACAAUUACUCAAAGCAUUGGUCUCCUUUCUUAUACAUACUUGUCUCAGAACGGCCUAGAUAGGAUAGUAGUACCUAUGGUUGAUUACGAGUACAACGAGUCAACUGACACCUUCAUACCUCUACCUCACUACCACGGAGAGCAAUUUCAGUCGAGUAAGUCCAUCAUCUUGCAGUGGUCACCAUAUUGCAAUGAGAUGGACCUUAUGAAGCAGUUUGAUGACAUUGGAUCUCAUGGAACUAAAGUUGUUGUUUUCAAUUUAUGGUUUACUGAUGACGAGACUCUGGAGUUUGAAUUUGACAGUGAUCCUCAGGAUAUUUGCCUGCAAGGUUCUGAUGAUUUUAAGAAUAUAAAAAUGAAAAAUUCAACAAUUGAAGAGCAUACUGGCAUCCGAUACCAUUAUUCCCUCCGAGUAUACUUGUCCAUCUUAUACUUGAGGAUUCCACAGAGUUUCACUAUUGUACUGCGUGGGAAAGCGGUGGAGCAUCACAGUGUAGCAAGUGAUCUCAAAUAUCCAGAGUUCAUCCUGUACAGACCUCACACUGGGGGCACUAAGGAGGCUGAAGUAUUAGCAACAAUAGGGUUUAUCAAGGAAGCUCCUCAUGUCAACAUCCAUGGCUUCUGUGUUUAUCAUAAAAACCGUCUUAUACUGCCAUAUUGGCAAGUUGUAAGCUACGAUAGGAGUAGAGGAAGAGGUGUUGUAGGGGUCUUGGAAGCGAACUUUAUAGAGCCUACUCAUAACAAGCAAGAUUUUGAGAGGACUUCCCUCUUUCUAAAGCUCGAAGCUCGAUUGAAGGACAUGACAUGGGAAUAUUGGGAUUUUCACUGUGGACUUAUUGGCUAUCAAAUUAAAAAACCAAUUCGAGCACCUGUAUCUUCACUAGACUUAUCUGAUGUGUGCCUAAGUAAUGCUAGACAUGAACCUCUUGAAACAAAUAGAAGUUUGAAUUUUGGUCGAGCACCAAUUCAUCAGGCUGAUCCUGUGGUUAAUUUGCUUGCUGAAUCUGUUUUUCAAAGAGAUCAAAGCAUCCAACAGCGUGGUAUUAAGAGGACGCAAGAAAAUGUUUUGUUUGCUCUUGACAAGGGGAGAGUGCAUGUCAGAACUGAAUCUGACAUUAACAACGCUGGUUGCUCUGUGGAAGUUCAGCCUGCCUCUCUGGCUGCCAACCUGAUGAAUGAAAAAGGGGCGGUGGUAAUGAUGCAGGAAAAUAAGAACCUUCUCGCAAAAUGUUUAGAAUACGAGAAGGCUGAGGAAGAGCUCAAUAACAAGGUAUUACUGCUCAGUAAGGAGCUUAAACUGGCACAGCAUGAAUAUGAGAGGAUGCUAAUUGUACUUCAAUCGCUCGAUGUUGUCAAACCUGAAUUGGAUGUGUAAAGCAUGAUAAAGUCUGAUGCAAUAACAGGAUGAGUCAUUUUUUGACUGUUUUUUGUGCCAAGUAACGUGUGAAGAGAUACUGCUGGGAGGCCUUGAUCUUUCAAUAAUAAGAUGUGCAUUGAAGGAGAGGCCUCCGCGCUCUGAACAAAAUUUUUGACAGGUGCUGUUACUAAGCAGUCAAACUGAUAUCACUGUCAAAAGAAGCUAUAUUAGUGCAUGGGUGAUGCUGGAGCUACAAGUCGCGAAACCAGGCCCUUGGAUUGUUUUUGUGACAGUGCUCUCUUAGGAUAAAUGGGAGCUAGAGGAAUAGUAAAUUAUAAAUUUGUCAAUAGUAGAGCAUUAAGCUAGUAUGCAGUAUAUAGCAUUUUAUUAUCAAACAAGGCACAUAAUUUGGAAUAGUUGCUUUGAGCUUAAAUGCUUAAGUAGCCAGUUUUUGGCAAAUAUCUUAUGAAGCCACAUAAUUUGAAAUAGCUACUUUGAGCAGCAUUUUUGUUUAGAAAAUUAGUAAUUUAUUUUUACAUAUACUUUCAAUAGCUCAUAAGAAGUAGUUAAUACAAAUG